AUGGCUUCCAAACUCACCAAGGAACAAAUCGCAGAAUACAAAGAAGCCUUCGACUUGAUUGAUAAAAAUGGCGACGGCACGAUCACCAGCAACGAGCUUGGAGAGGUCAUGAGAUCACUAGGCGAAAAGCCAACAGCGGCAGAUUUGAAGAAGAUGAUCGAUCGAGUGGAUGCUGACGGGAAUGGCAGAAUCGAUUUCACAGAGUUCCUGACAAUGAUGUCCGGACAGAAUAAGUACUCGAGCAAAGAGGAAGAAAUGAGAGACGCAUUCAAGGUUGUGGACCGAGACGGAAAUGGCCUGAUCUCUGUGGAGGAGCUUCAUCGAGUCAUGGUCAACCUGGGAGAGUCUGUCACCGAGGAGGAAGUGCUGGACAUGAUGAGGGAGGUGGAUCUUGACGGAAAUGGGCAAAUUGAUUUUGACGAGUUUGUGAAAAUCAUGUCUUCCAAGUAA